AUGGCCACGAGAAUGGCACAGGGUAUUUACUUGCAGACGAAGACAAACACAAAGGAUGCCUCAUGUAUAAACUUCACCAAGCAUGAAACAAUUAUUAGGACAGUCUGGGCUUGUUUCGUGCUUGACUGUAUCCUGCGUUGCGGAAGAUGUGGUUCACAACGUGCUGAAAUCGAGGUGCCCGAUAUUCCACUGCCAAUGGGCGAGGAUGAUUUCGAAUUUGGAUCCCAGUCAACCCUGACACCUCACUUCCUAGUACACUCGGGAACAAAUACGUCGAUUAAGGUUAUGGGCAGCGAUGGAAAGAUAAAUGGACCCCAGCAAAUCCUUUCCUUGAUAGUCAAGGGAUUUAGCAUCUUCUCUACCUUGUCUACGUGGAUCUGUAGGGGUGGUAGGAGAUACCCGUCCCCUGAUUCUAUAGAGCCUCCCUGGAAGCAUACAUCUUUUUGGAGCCGCUCUAUGACGACGGUGGAGGCCUGGAGAGGGACCCAUUCAUCUAGGUUGGUCUACUCGAGGUCUGGUGGACAAAUGCAGGCGCACAUACUACACAACCAAGUCGAAGGCUUCGCACUAUUGAACCUGCUCUAUUAUAUGAGUGUCUUCUUUUUACAUCGCGAAUACACCCCUUUCUUCCCACACAGAGUAUCACGUCCAUGUGGCCCGAUUGACCCUCCACUUUUGGAGGAGGUACCUCCUCAUGACUGGUGGCAUCACAGUGCACAGAAACUCUUCGAAGCUACUUCGAUUAUUAUACAGCUGAUGCAAGAUCUUGAAACACGGGAUGUGCAGUUUCAGACCCCAUUCACGGCCUUCUGUAUGUUCAGUGCUGCCAGCGCAGUUUUAUAUGCGGACACCUGGCCUUACAUGGCACCGGGACUCGAGAAUGCGAAGGAGAAGUAUACAUGGAGUCUCGAUUGGCUCAGGACUGCGAGUGAAAAGUGGAAGAUUGCAAAAUGCUGGUGUGAAAUAUUGGGCGAGCUUUCGGGAAUCUUCACACGCCUCAAAACAGAUGGACAUGACUUCCCACAUCUUGGACGGGAGGAGUUCCAAGACCUCCAUGAUAAUUUGCACCGUCUUGCGGAACCAGAAUCUACAACUGUGAAUGCUCUGGCUGUUCUAUCACAAGGAGCACCCCUCGACUUUAUAGGAGCAGCUUGUCAAUCCCGCCUUGAGGAUACAGAUGCUGGGAACUCGGGACUACAGUCUUAA